AUGGACAAUUUUCCGUUUGCCUUUGAGUACAUUGAGCAGGCUUCAGGAUGUGGCUCUGUUCCGGGAUUUGUCAGGCAAAAUACUAAUUUAGUAGUUCGCUCUCCGAAAGGGACUGAUUUUAAUGGUUUAGAUGGCAUAUGGAAAAGCGGUUUCGCCCUGUACUGUGGGUUGUUAGGUUUCGCCCUCGCCAGAGUGAUGAUGUGGGAAGCUCCAGUCAGGUUUCGCCCUCGCCAGAGUGAUGAUGUGGGAAGCUCCAGUCAGAUUAACAUUGACACGCCUGAUUGGAAUAGUAUUAUCGAAAUGAAAUGUGAGGAACGAAUUAAAGUCAAACGUCGUAUAAAUACUUAUUUCAUUAAUAAACUUAAAGGGAUAAAUGCCGUUCAGAAAGGACCGUCACCAUAUAUUGUUGAUUACGAUGAGUUGGUUAGCAAAAGCAUUGCAUUAGAUGGAUUGAAUCAUUUGCGAAACCAAUGCCUGAUAUUAGUGCACCAAACACCAAUGAGCACUAUUAUUGGGUCGAAUUUGGACAUCGUUUUUUCUAGAGCAUUACAAGAAUUUAUAGGUCUUGGAGGGCAUAAAGUGAUUGAUGGUAAAUCUGCGGAUUUAUUAGCGUGGAUAGAGAAAACAGGUGAAGACAGAAAUGAGGGACUGUUUAAAUUUUCGAAUCUUAUAGGCUAUGAUGGUGUAUACAUCUAUGACGAAUACGGGAACUUAAACAUUGCUUCUAGACUGAAUCUGAUUUCAGAUAUGAAGGCGGGUAUAAUAAGAUUAUUAGAAUUUAUG